GUACUUGAAGGAGAGAGAAAAUUUCAAAGAUCUCAACAACUCUUGCCCAUCGGAGCUUAAGGUCACGAACGCUGAGGCCGACGGCAACGUGGCUUGCAAGAGAGCAUGCGAGACGUAUGACCACAACCUAUUCUCCCUACUCAUCACUGAAGCCCAGAUGGGCCAAAUCGUUGUUUCUUGAACACGCUGCAAAGCUCGUUGUUGAACCGGGGCAUUCGGAUUCCACAGCCGAAUGCGAGCUGUGACACCAUGGUCGCCGACCAGGACCAGAAUGGCCUGAUCUCCGCUGCGGAGCUCCACCUCAUGCUUAACCGGUCCUCUUCCUUCUCCGCCAAGUCCACUUGCAAUCAGACCUACGGGUUCUUGCCGUGCACCACCACCGUCCUUGGAAAUAUCUUCCUCAUCGUCGUCUAUGGCUCAACACAGAUUCCAUUUGAAGUCCUACACUCGAAGCCCGCUUCACAUGAGAGAGAGAGAUGGCGUGGAGCGCGACGAUGAUCGGAGCACUGCUGGGAUUGGGCCCCCAGAUGUACUCAAACGCACUCCGAAAACUCCCUUACAUGCGCCAUCCAUGGGAGCAAGUGGUGGGUAUGGGACUCAGGGCCAUCUUCGUUAACCAGCUCGUCAAAUGGGAUGCUCAGCUCCAGGAGGACCUCGACAAGAUGCUCGCCAAAGCCAAGGCCGCUAACGAGCGCCGCUACUUCAUUCACAACACGUGAUCUUUGACCACGCUAACGUGGCAGGGGUGGACUGAGUAGGCAACUAGGCCCCGUUCUGAGCUGUAGCAACAGUACGGUGGGUAAGGAGGACUUUGUUGAUGUUCUGCUGGUGGGCGAUAGCAAUUAAAAAAAAAAAAAGGAUAGCCAAGUGGUCAGCGAUAAUGGGCUACAAGUGGGCCCUACUCUGGGUCGAUGGUCAAUUUUAUACAAAGUUCAGACGCUCCUCUUCCCUGCUCCCAACGGAAAGCAUAUAAUAUAAUAAUACAGCACAAGAAAAAUAUAUACACGGGCCCACUCUCAGCACGUACCACCAUCCAAUUCUUCUGGUGUAUAUGAUAGAAGGAAGCUUUGCUGGCACUGGAUGAAUACACGCAGGAUGGGACAGUGGAUCUGAGAGGGAACCCAGUUCUGUUGAUUCUGAAGUUAGUGAUCUUCUACUUCAAGUAAGUUUUUCAAUAU